CCCUUGCCUCAGCUACAUAGAUUAUCGCCCCUGUUGGUUGCAUCCAUACUGUACCUGUAGUCAUACAUUCGGCAUUUAUACUACUUUUCCAUCCUAGUCCCGGCUCCUUGGCUCUGUUUCGCCUCUUGGCCUGUGACCAGGCAGGUCUUAAAUCUUUUUCUUCCCCGGAUCCUACUCACCUCCGCUUUCUCCACGACCACCUUAUAUCUUAUCAACAACCUUAAUCUUCCGAUACACAUCAUACCAACCACAACACAGCAUAUCAUAUCAUGAAGAUCGAUCUAGCCAUCCUUGUCUCGGCCCUUUGUGCCAAUCCGGCACUUGCCCUCGUCGCAUCAACAUCCGACCUUGCGCGACGUGAACCCGCCGAGCCCUACCAGAUCGUCGACCGUGACGUCGACGCUGUUUCGCAGGAACUUUGGAAGCGCAGAGGUGGAGGAGGUGGCGGCGGUCGCGGUGGUGGUGGUGGCGGCAGUUCCGGCGGCGGCAGCAGUGGAGGAGGUUCAACCGGAGGAAGCUCAUCCGGCUCAGGGAGAGGCGGCACUGGAAGCAGCGGAAACAGUGGUUCUGGUUCAUCGCGGUCAUCGGGAGUAUCCCAACCUGGAAGCUCGUCCUACAAAGGUCCUUCUUCGGGAAGCUCUUCCCAGGAAGACUUUCGGUACUACGGGGGCGCCUCCUCUCGCAGGAAACCCAACAACAAACCGAAGCAGAGAUCCUCAGGCCCCAAGACAUCGCCAACUUACAAUGGUGGUGGAGCAACCAAAUAUGGAAGCGGGCCAAAGCCUGCCUACGGUGGUGGCCGCUAUUACGGAGGUGGCGCGGUGCAACCAUACCAGUCCGGUAUGAGGUCGCCAUCCGGCAUCCGCCCCUUCGCUCUCGGUGCUGGUAUAGGACUUCUCGCUGUCUGGCCCGCCGUUUGGCUUUAUGGUGCUUACAUGUACCCCUACCACAACUUGUACACCUACCACAACCAAACCUCCGACCAGGACGAGACCCGCAACGUCACCUGCGCCUGCGACCCAUACAACGUCUGCGGUUGCGACGAGAAUACCAAUACCACUUAUAUUGACUCCCUUAUCGGAAACGGAAGCUACUCUUCGCUGAACCAUUCCUUGAUUACCGUCGCCACUGUUGACGGAACCGACUACCUCCUGAUCAACGGUACCUUGCCCAAUGGUACGACUGCGUCCGGCGGCACGGAUGAUGAUGAUGGCACGACUACGUCCGGCGGUACGAAUGGUGGUGAGAGCAGCGCUGCCGGUCUCCGCAGGUUGCUAGAGCACGCCGGAUGGUGGCCGGUCGUGGCCACUGUUGCGGCAACCGUAUUCGCAGUCUAAAGCAGUUUCCCCGGAAACUUAUGGGUCUGAUGACGAGUUCUGAGCAAUAUGAGAUAUCCCUCUAUACUUGGGGUAUCAGCAGUCUUUCGAUUAUCCUACAACACAGUUCUUGAUACCAUUUACGAAAUGAACGCUGGUAAGGACGAGGGAGUGGCUAUAAUGCCCACUAAGGGCGGG